CUCUCCGUCUGCUCAUACCAACGUACAAGCUACGUACCUGAGUAAUUUUCACAUCACCGUACUUCCAAGCCAACUUUCAGAACCACCACCGUUCAAACAACCACAAACACCGCCAACAUGGGUAAAGAGAAGACUCAUAUCAACGUCGUCGUUAUCGGCCACGUCGACUCCGGCAAGUCGACUACCACCGGCCACUUGAUCUACAAGUGCGGUGGUAUCGACAAGCGUACCAUUGAGAAGUUCGAGAAGGAAGCCGCCGAGUUGGGCAAGGGCUCCUUCAAGUACGCAUGGGUGCUCGACAAGCUCAAGGCCGAGCGUGAGCGUGGUAUCACCAUUGAUAUCGCCCUCUGGAAGUUCGAGACCCCUAAGUACUACGUGACUGUUAUCGACGCCCCCGGACAUCGUGAUUUCAUCAAGAACAUGAUCACUGGUACCUCCCAGGCCGACUGCGCCAUUCUCAUCAUUGCCGCCGGCACUGGUGAGUUCGAGGCCGGUAUCUCCAAGGAUGGCCAGACUCGUGAGCACGCCCUGCUCGCCUACACCCUCGGUGUCAAGCAGCUCAUCUGCGCCAUCAACAAGAUGGACACUGCCAAGUGGUCUGAGGAGCGCUUCAACGAAAUCAUCAAGGAGACGUCCAACUUCAUCAAGAAGGUCGGCUACAACCCCAAGACCGUCCCCUUUGUGCCCAUCUCCGGCUUCAACGGCGACAACAUGAUCGACGCCUCCCCCAACUGCCCGUGGUACAAGGGCUGGGAGAAGGAGACCAAGACCAAGAGCACCGGCAAGACCCUGCUCGAGGCCAUCGACGCCAUCGACCCCCCGUCGCGUCCCUCCGACAAGCCCCUCCGCCUGCCCCUCCAGGAUGUCUACAAGAUCGGCGGUAUUGGCACGGUACCUGUCGGCCGUGUGGAGACUGGUAUCAUCAAGGCCGGCAUGGUCGUCACCUUCGCCCCCGCUGGUGUCACCACCGAAGUCAAGUCCGUCGAGAUGCACCACGAGCAGCUUACCGAGGGCACCCCGGGUGACAACGUCGGCUUCAACGUCAAGAACGUCUCCGUCAAGGAGAUCCGUCGUGGCAACGUCGCCGGUGACACCAAAAACGAUCCGCCCAAGGGCUGCGACUCCUUCAACGCCCAGGUCAUCGUCCUCAACCACCCCGGUCAGAUCGGUGCCGGCUACGCGCCCGUCCUCGACUGCCACACCGCCCACAUUGCCUGCAAGUUCUCCGAGCUCCUCGAGAAGAUUGACCGUCGUACCGGCAAGUCCAUCGAGUCCGGCCCCAAGUUCGUCAAGUCUGGUGAUGCCGCCAUCGUCAAGAUGAUUCCCUCCAAGCCCAUGUGCGUCGAGGCCUUCACCGACUACCCCCCUCUCGGCCGCUUCGCCGUCCGUGACAUGCGUCAAACCGUCGCUGUGGGCGUGAUUAAGUCAGUUGCCAAGUCGGCAGCGGGCGCCGGAAAGGUCACUAAGGCCGCUGUCAAGGCUGGUGCCAAGAAAUAAGCGAUUGGUGGAAAUUGAUGGAGAGUAGAAGUAGCAGUAGACGAUGGAAUGCAUUGCGGGUGUUCUGCUUUUGCGUGAGUGACUUGCGUGUGUUUUAGAUAACCCAUGCAAUGCAACUCGUCCGGGUACUCGAUUUUUCCACUUUGUCAUCGCCAGUCACCGUCGGCGGGCUCGCUCUCCCCGUCGCCGCCCGCUCGUA